AUGGCAGCCAUACGCAUAGCACCAUCCAGAGCAGUAAGAGCGCUCAAUCUCUUACGUGCAGUGGGCACACACGGUCCAGGAUGCCCAUGCCACAGCAACCCAGGACACCAUCACAACCCUCUGAGCAUCUCCCAAGGACGACGCGCUCUUGCCACGCCUGUCGAUUACUCGCAACAGAAGGAGUAUGCCUUCGAGAUGGCAGCAUCGAGCAUUCGCUUUGGGCCCGGUUGCACCAAGGAGGUUGGCAUGGACUUCAAGAACAUGGGAGCCAAGAAGGUCAUGAUCGUGACUGAUGGCACCGUCUUACACUUGACUGCCAUGAAGCAAGUCCAAGAAGGUUUGGACAGGGAAGGCAUCAAGUACGAGAUAUACAGCAAGUGUCGUGUCGAGCCCAAGGACCAUUCCAUCAAGGAAGCAAUCGCAUUCGCCAAACCUUACGCUCCGGACGCCUUCCUCGCUGUUGGUGGUGGCUCAGUGAUCGACACAGCGAAGCUCAUGAACCUAUACACCUCGUUCCCUGAAGCCGACUUCCUAGACUUCGUCAAUGCCCCACUCGGAAAAGGACUACCCAUUCAGGGCAAGCUGAAGCCGCUUGUCGCGGUACCCACAACAGCAGGAACUGGUUCAGAGACGACGGGUACUGCCAUCUUCGAUCUAGUAUCGAAGAAGGCAAAGACGGGCAUUGCACAUCGCAACCUGAAGCCGACCCUUGGUAUAUGUGAUCCUCUCAACACCCGUACUAUGCCUUCUGCCGUGCAUGCUUCAAGUGGUCUGGACGUUCUUUGUCACUCUCUGGAGUCCUGGACAGCCAUCCCCUACCACGAGCGUGUACCAAGACCUCGCAACCCAAUCGAGCGACCAGCAUACCAGGGUGCCAACCCCAUCUCAGACAUCUUCAGCUUACAGGCAUUGAGAGACACUGUCAAGUACUUGCCUAGAGCAGUCAAGGAUCCGGACGAUCACGAAGCACAGAGCAAGAUGCUGUUGGCAGCAACUCUGGCAGGUGUUGGUUUCGGUAAUGCAGGUGUUCAUCUAUGCCACGGCAUGAGCUACCCUGUCAGUGGUCAAAAUCCAGGCUACAAGCACAAUGGUUACGAGGUCGACCAUCCGAUCAUUCCUCACGGUGUCAGCGUUGCUGUCACCGCACCCGCUGUGUUCAAGUUCACUGGACCAAGCAACCCAGAAAGACAUCUUGCGGCAGCAGAGUGUUUUGGUGUGGACAUUAGCCAAGUUAAGAAGGAAAGCGCCGGAGAAGUUUUGAGUGAGGCGCUGGCCAAAUUUUUGGUAGACUUGGGUGAUCAGCCUAGAGGACUGAAGGAUUUGGGCUUCGGCAACAGCGACAUCGACCAGCUGGUAGAAGGAACCAUGCCACAGGCAAGAGUACUCAUGCUGGCACCCAGCUUGGACAUGCAGAACGUGGACGGGGAAAGAGCACAAUUGAAGCAGCUCUUCGAGGAUGCCAUGGACUAUUGA